UAUCAGGGAGAGAAUGCGGCUUCUGAUUUAUGCAACUUUCAUUGGAAUUGUCCUCAAAACAGGGGCAGCGUCGCAGAUCCAGUGCUAUCAGUGUGAGGAGAUGAUGCAGAAUGACUGCUCCUCGCCCGAGUACAUCGUCAACUGCACCGUUAACGUCCAGGACACCUGCCAGGGGGAGGUCCUCGUGAAGGAAGAUGGUAUCCACUACCGUAAGUCGUGUGCGUCCUCGGGCGCGUGUCUCAUCGCCUCCUCGGGCUACCAGCAGUUCUGCACCGGCGAGCUCAACUCCGUGUGCAUCACCUGCUGCGAGACGCCCCUGUGCAACGGGCCCAAGCUGAAGAAGCGUCCGGUGCUCUCGGCCGCCCCCUCGCCCCCUGGUGGUCGCCCCCUGCUCCUGCUCCCCCUCUCCCUCCUCCUGGUGCACUCUGCCCCCCUCUUCUGCACAUAGAAAUGGCUCGCUGACUCCCCU